AUGCGCUACUGCAUCGUAGCCCUGAUCCUUCAGAGCGUCAGCGUUUCCGUAGCAGUCAUGGAGGCUUUUCAAACGCCGCAUAUCCCGGAGGACCAAAAAUCAUUCAAUUGUGACGGACGAAUUUAUAAUAGCCAUUCAUUUGGCCAAUAUAGAGAUAUGAAUGGAUACUUUCGCCAUUCGGCCGCAGCAGACGUUAAUCUGGUUCGUCGAGUUUCUGACGUGACCAGAGCAAAACAAACAGAUGUGAAAUAUAUGUACCACGACGAUUCAAGAAGAAUUGAUCAUCUACAUCUGCCUAUUUUUGAAUCUCAUCCAGUCGUAAUAACCCGAGAUACACUCAUUUAUGAUCAACAUUCGCGAGUAUGUGCCAUUAUAACCCAAAUUGGCCAACCAACAAACACUCCCCAUCGAGAGACUAGAACCGUCUACGACGUUUCAGAUACAUUCUGCCCAAUUCAGCAACCAAAUACUCACCUCUAA